AUGACGAGGCUCUACCUCCGAACACUAGUGGUGACAUUCUUUCUGGCCACGGGAAUGACUGAUCAUGAAUUGCAGUGUUCCUCAGAACCUUCUUGCAAGUGUUUAAUGGACAACUAUCGACUGUACGCAGACUGCUCUCGCCUAAAUCUAACCAAAUCACCAGUGUUUUCACGAGACGUCAAAAUCAUCAACCUCAGUCACAAUAAUCUAAUGUGUUUGCCGUUAAGAGAACGCAUUCCAAAUGGACUGGUCCAUUUAGAUCUUUCAUAUAAUAGUAUACAUACUCUUUCAGGGAAAUGUUUUCAGGGACUGAGAAACCUAACUACACUUUUAUUACAAUAUAAUAAAUUACGAAUACAGAACCAAAGUCAUACUGAAGGAAUAUUCAAAGAUUUAAUGAACAUUCAAAUCAUCGAUUUAUCAUACAACUCAAAUUUGACAUUUAAAGUUCUUAGAAGUCUUUCUUUUGAUCUGCAAAAUACGUCAAUUAGAACACUUCGUCUUAACAAAAUUCACUGUGCAUUCGGAAUGGGGACCAAAAUUCUUGUAGAAGACUUUAAGUUUCUUCAAUACACAGAAUUGAAGGAAUUGCAUUUAGACAGUAACAGGAUAGAAAUGAUUGAGCACACCGCAAUCCGCUAUUUACCAAAGACCAUCAAGUUUGUUUCUGUAUCCGACAACAAAUUUACCUUUGGAAAAUACGUUAAGGAUGUUUUCUAUUUGGAAAAUAUGCAGAGAAUCAACAUUAGUGCUGAGCAUUCAAGUCAUCCUGUUCAUGAAAUGGAUACCUGUAACGAGAGUUCGAAUGACCCAGUGCCAUAUUGUGCCUCCACAAACAACCCAAAUUUGGAAAUAACCCUAGGUAGUCUUUAUGUAAAUUCAAAAGAUCAUAGCAUGAUUACCAAAUUCAAAGGUAGAAGAAGUAGCCAAAUUUUAAAUUCAUCAUCAAGUCAUGUCAUGUCACGUAAAAUUGAAGACCAAAGUAAAUAUUACGAGGACCCUUUUAUUUUACAUAUCGUGGAUUGA